AUGUCUACCUUAGAGUACAACAUCAUCGGCGGUGUACUGGAUUUCUAUUUCUUAGCCGGGUCUAGUCCUUCUGAAGUUAGUCGACAGUAUGCUGAAGUUGUGGGCUUACCUGCUAUGAUGUCUUACUGGACCUUUGGUUUCCAUCAGUGCAAGUAUGGGUAUUGUGAUGUCAAUUAUGCGGUCGAAGUUGUUGCGAGCUAUUCUACGGCAAAUAUCCCCCUCGAGACGCUAUGGGGCGAUAUCGAUUAUAUGGAUCUCCGGCAGGUUUCUACUGAAUUUCCGGAGCGGUUUCCUUUACAUAAAAUAGGCGAGGACAAAAGCGCUUUCCUCCAAGCUGAUGAUGGAUCAAACUAUCGCGGAGUGUAUUGGGUUGGUGAGGUUGUAGUAGAGAGUGUGGUGGUUCUCGGCGGCAAGAAGCCGGUUACUCUGAAGGGACCGUGGUCUCUUGAUGGGCCAUUUGAAGUUGCAUUCCAAUCUUGAGCCGAAUCUUGAAAGAGUUUCGAGU